GGCGCCGCGAGCCCCCGGGAGUCCCCGGCGCGGGUCGGGCCGCUCGGCCUCGGGGCCCCCACGCAGCACCAACGGCAGACCGUCAUGGAAACAGCGCGUCUGGCGUUAGGCGGGGAAAAGCCACGCUGCCGAGGGAGACGCGCGCCCUCCGCGGGCAGGUACGCGACACAGACGCGCUGCGCGCCGGGACCAGGGGCCGCCGUCCGUGCGGCGCAGGGGGCGGGCCUUCCUCCUGCGCAGGCGCGGCCGCGGGCGGCCGGGGCGUGGGCGUGGCCUGCCGCCGCGGCCCCGCCCCCCGGGCCCCGCCGGGCCCGCUCGCGGCCGGAAGUGCCCGGGACCCUGCAGCCGGGAUGGGCCGGAAAGUGACUGUGGCCACCUGCGCGCUCAACCAGUGGGCCCUAGACUUCGAGGGCAAUUUGCAGAGGAUUUUAAAGAGUAUUGAAAUUGCCAAAUGCAAAGGAGCGAGAUACAGGCUGGGACCAGAACUGGAAAUAUGCGGCUACGGGUGCUGGGAUCAUUAUUACGAGUCGGACACCCUCUUGCAUUCGCUCCAAGUCCUGGCUGCCCUUCUGGAAUCUCCAGUCACUCAGGACAUCAUCUGCGACGUGGGAAUGCCCGUGAUGCACCGGAAUGUCCGCUAUAACUGCAGGGUGAUAUUUCUCAACAGGAGGAUCCUGCUCAUCAGGCCCAAGAUGGCCUUGGCCAACGAGGGCAACUACCGGGAGCUGCGCUGGUUUACGCCCUGGUCCAGGACUCGGCAGACAGAGGAGUACUUUCUCCCCCGGAUGCUACAGGACCUGACAGAGCAGGAGACCGUGCCCUUCGGAGAUGCAGUGCUGGCCACCCGGGACACCUGCAUCGGGAGCGAGAUCUGUGAGGAGCUGUGGACGCCCCGCAGCCCACACGUGGACAUGGGCCUGGAUGGCGUGGAGAUCUUCACCAACGCCUCUGGCAGCCACCACGUGCUGCGCAAAGCCCAUGCCAGGGUGGAUCUGGUGACCAUGGCCACCACCAAGAAUGGCGGCAUCUACCUGCUGGCCAACCAGAAGGGCUGCGACGGGGACCGGCUCUACUACGACGGCUGCGCCCUGAUAGCCGUGAAUGGCCACAUCGUGGCGCAGGGCUCCCAGUUCUCCCUGGACGACGUGGAAGUCCUCACCGCAACCUUGGAUUUGGAGGAUGUCCGAAGCUACAGGGCAGAGAUUUCAUCUCGAAACCUGGCGGCCAGCAAGGUGAACCCCUACCCCCGAGUGAAGGUGGACUUCGCCCUCUCGUCCCGCGAGGACUUGCUGGUGCCGGUGUCCCAGCCCGUCGAGUGGAAGUACCACAGUCCUGCCGAGGAGAUCAGCCUCGGCCCCGCGUGCUGGCUCUGGGAUUUUCUCAGACGCAGCCAACAGGCCGGGUUUUUCUUGCCCCUGAGUGGCGGUGUGGACAGCACGGCCACCGCCUGCCUCGUCUACUCUAUGUGCCGCCAGGUCUGCGAGGCUGUGAAGGAUGGAAACCAGGAAGUGCUGGCCGAUGUCCGGAGCAUCGUGGACCAGCCCGACUACACACCCCAGGACCCCCGAGAGCUCUGCGGGCGCGUGCUGACGACCUGCUACAUGGGCAGCGAGAACUCCUCCCGGGAGACGCGGGAACGAGCCGCCGAGCUGGCCCGGCAGAUCGGCAGCCACCAUGUGGGACUCAACAUCGACCCUGCGGUGAAGGCCGUCGUGGGCAUCUUCAGCCUGGCGACGGGUAAGAGGCCUGUGUUCGCGGUCCACGGAGGAAGCCACCGUGAAAACCUGGCGCUGCAGAACGUGCAGGCUCGGGUUCGGAUGGUCGUGUCCUACCUGUUCGCUCAGCUGAGCCUCUGGGCCCGGGGCGCUCGCGGGGGAUCGCUGGUGCUUGGAUCCGCCAACGUGGAUGAGAGCCUCCUCGGCUACCUGACCAAGUACGACUGCUCCAGCGCAGACCUCAACCCCGUGGGCGGGAUCAGCAAGACGGACCUCAGGGCCUUCGUCCAGUUCUGCCUCGAGCGCUUCCAGCUUCCCGCCCUGCAGGGCAUCCUGGCAGCACCGGCCACCGCGGAGCUGGAACCCUUGGCCGAUGGACAGGUGUCCCAGACUGAUGAGGAGGACAUGGGCAUGACCUACGCCGACCUGUCCGUCUACGGCCGACUCCGCAAGAUUGCCAAGACCGGGCCCUACGGCAUGUUCUGCAAACUCGUCAGCCUGUGGCAGGACGUGUGUUCCCCGCGGCAGGUGGCGGACAAGGUGAGGUGGUUCUUCUGCAAGUACGCCACGAACAGGCACAAGAUGACCACGCUGACCCCCGCGUACCACGCGGAAAGCUACAGCCCCGACGACAACAGGUUCGACCUGCGGCCCUUCCUCUACAACACCCGCUGGCCCUGGCAGUUCCGCUGCAUCGAGACCCAGGUGCUCCGGCUCGAGAGCGGAGGCCCUCAGGACCUGGACAGCGUGGACUGACGCGGCUCGGGGCAGAGGGCCCCUCCUGAGGCUCUGCCCGCCGGGGACAGUGUCCCCCGUCUCCUUCCACGGCUCACGGGGAGGGAUCGCGUUCUGGUUCAUCAGAAGGACGCAAAUAAAGAGCAUGUGAUUUCUGGUA